AUGUCUAGGAGAACUGAAAAUGGCAACUCUCAAAAUGUGACUGAGAGAAUAGAAGGAGUUGUUGGUGCUAUCGAGAGGGUGGUAGACAUUCUGCACCAUAAUGCUACAACUGGACCAAGAGAACAAAUUAGUCUGACUCAUUUUAUGCGUCAUAAUCCUUCCAAGUUUAAUGGGAGCGCAACACCUGACGAAGCAGAAUACUGGGUCCAAGAAAUCGAGAAAAUCUUCGAGGCUAUAUCUUGCCCAAAAGACAAGAAAGUGAUAUUUGCAACCUUUUUACUGAUUGGAGAGGCAGAAUACUGGUGGAGUGGAUUUAAGCGACUUAUGGAGUCCAACAGGGAAGUUGUCACCUGGGAGAAUUUCAAAGACAAAUUUCUAGAGAAAUACUUUCCCAGUCACACAAAGUUCACAAAGGAGCUUGAAUUCCUGAGUCUACACCAAGGAAGAAUGUCUGUACACGAGUACGUGGUGAAGUUUGACCAACUUUCAAGGUAUUACUCGCAGACCCUCUCAGAUGAAUGGAAAUGUCAGAAGUUCGAAGAAGGUUUGCGCCACGAACUGAAGAGAGCAGUGAUACCGUUGAAUAUCAGACAUUUCUUGACUAUGGUCGAAACAGCUAAGAGGGUGGAAAAGCUAGAGAUAGAUCCAGAGAGGGUUGUCAGACCUCAGAAAGGAAGCUCGUCCGUGACUAAAUUUCAAAAGCAGCCUUAUAAUCGACCUUAG